GUUACGUGAAUUUUGUCCCACAACCCCACAUUUUCCCUUCAAUUAUUGCUAUUGAAAACUCCAGAAAAAUACAUCAACGCUACCGGCCACCGCACCAUCACUUCCUUACCUGCAGGAAUAAAAAUUGGAAAGGCACUGAUUUUAGUCUUUUGCCAUCGUGUUCUUUUUCUUUUGUGUUUUUUCUCCUUAUCAAUGGAGAACUCACCUACCGUUAUCAGGCCACCAGCACCACCUCAACCACCGCCGUCCUUCUUUGCAUCACCACCAGUUUCCCAGUUUGAUAACACCACUAACAGUACUAGUGUCAGGUCACCUCCACCGUUACCUUUCUCUUCAGCACCCCAGAUAUACCCUAUAGGUCAAGACGGAGCCGUUACUAUAGUGACCACCAAUCCACCUCCACCUUUCCCCGACUCACCAAGAAGCGUCGAUUUAUCCCCACUUGAAUUCAUACUUGCCCUUAUGGCGGUCAUAACGAUCCCCGCUAUAAUCUAUGCUUUCUUUUUUGCUGUCAAGUGCCCUCCUUGGACUUCCAGGGAACGUCCCGACAGCCCUAGGGAGCUUCCCAGGGACAGCCGUGGAAGUGGCGUUGAAGUAAUUGAGAGGAGGAGGGAGCCUGUUUCAGCUGUUAAGUACCAAAAAGAGACUCAUUCUAAAGAUAUUGGGAAUGAGUGUCCUGUUUGUUUAUCAGUUUUUGCUGAUGGGGAAGAGGUAAGGCAGUUGAGUGGAUGCAAGCACUCGUUUCAUGCUACUUGCAUUGAUAUGUGGCUUAACAAUCAUAACAAUUGUCCGAUUUGCCGGGCUUCUGUUGCCGUAAGAAGGCCUAACAACCAUGGUACGGUGUCGGGUUCAGCUAGAUCUAGAGAUAGUGAUCUCCAACAAGGUUUGCCAGAUGCAAGCAGUUUGGUUUGACAUUUCUAGCUUGAUUUCUUGAUUUUUGUUUCCCUUUCUUGCUGAAUUUUUGUUUUUACCCUUUGGCCUUCUGAGGCUAUAUGGAAAGUGGGAAUGGAAAAUGGAAGAUUUGGUAUUCGAUACUUCACCAAGAUUUGGUAAUCUAGAAUCCAGACAGCAUAGAGAUUAGCGUUCAAUGUUUUCUCCUGGGUUACUUUCCUGUGAGGGAAUGAAAUGAAUUCAAGGCAAUUAAGAGCCAGAGUUUGGAGACCUCCCUCUUGUCAUAGCUUGAACUCUUCAGACAGAAAUCGAACUGGUCAUUUACCCUGAAGUAAAUUUCUGAUUCACUGGUGCAAAAUUGAGUUGCUUUUGCUUUUGUUUUUUGUGAUUCUGCUUUGGGAAGAAAUGAAUGUAAGUCAUAAAUGGAAGUAUCUGAUCCUCUCUUUUUUCCCUGCA